UAAUUUGGUAUGAAAUAGCAGCCAUGAAGAAAGUGAAGAACACGGUAUUUGUUUCUAUGACUAUUCCUAUCUCCUUAUAAAAUAAAUUGGUUUUCCUUUUCCUUCUUUAAAAGAAAUAGGAGAUCCAUCCCAUCUCCUAAAUUAAUCUUAUUUUACUGCUAUUGGACUCCAAGCAUUUUUUGGUUUUUUACUUCCGUGACCGUUAUUUCAUUCUACUCGUGAUUGAAUCGACAGUUUAUUUAUCAACUUUAGUUGUUUUUAUUAUUUCAUUAUAAAUAAAUAUGAUUUCAAUACAAACAAAAAACCAAAAAGUUGAAAUACAAACAACCAUAGCCUCAAAAGAAAAACAAUGAAGAACCAGUUGAUUUUGACAGUCUUAAUCAAACAAGGAAAGAAUAAAAUAAAUAAAUAAUUUCUUUAUUCCUUCCUUGCAAGUUACCUCAAAGUCAUUAAUGGAUUAAAUAUUUAUGGCAACAUAUCUCAUUAAAUGUAUUUUUAUUUCUUCUGAUUUAAACUUCAUGAUCCCAACUACAAAUUUUCAUUUCCAUUUUCAUGUCUAAAAAUCAUCCCCAAAAUACAAUUCAAUAUAUUUGCUCAAAUAACAAAAGAAAUAAAAUAAAAUGAGAUUUUUUUGUUUAUUACAUUAAUUCUCUCAUAAAUGAGACAGAAUUUAAAGAUUAUUGACAAAAACAAAGAAAACAUGUUAGUCUGUUAUUAUAGUAAUGACGUACUAUUGGGAAUGGUGUUUUUCUUUUGAUGUUGUCAUUUUCCAUUCUCAUUACGUAUGAAAAAAGUGUUGUUUGUUGAUGCUUGUUUUCGUGAAAUCAACGCGGAAGGCCAAAACGCGGAUCACUCUUUUAAAACUGUUCAUUAUCAACUUAAAGUCUUUCAAAUUUCAAAGCUUUUUCCACAAGUUAUAAAGAGAGAAACAGAGAGGGGAAAAAACAAGGUAAAAGGUUUUCGUUUAAUUGAUCUGCAGGAAAUGGGUUUUUGCCCUUGUUUUGGUUGGACCAAAGGCAAGAAGCUGAAGGGUGAUGACAAGAAAGAACUUGGCAGAAAAUGCAAGCCUCAAUUGUGUUCUGGAGUUGGUUCAGUAGGAUCAAAAAGCAUUGCAGGCUUAAGAAAGGAGUCAUCUGCUACAACUGAUGAGGCUAAUGAUGACAAGAGGGCUCACACUUUCAACUAUCAACAACUAGCAAAUGCAACACAAAAUUUCAGAAAAGAAUCCUUGAUAGGGCAAGGUGGAUUUGGGGCUGUUUAUAAAGGGCAAUUAGAAAGUACUGGUCAGGUUGUAGCUGUUAAACAGCUUGAUAAGACAGGGCUCCAAGGGGAAAAGGAGUUCCUUGUGGAGGUUCUCAUGCUUUCUCUCUUGCGUCACCCGAAUCUUGUCAAUUUGAUUGGUUAUUGUGCCGAAGGAGAUCAACGACUUCUCGUAUAUGAGUACAUGCAGCUAGGAUCCUUGGAAGAUCACCUCCAUUAUCUUAGACCUGAUCAGAAACCUUUGGAUUGGAAUACAAGAAUGACAAUAGCUGCUGGUGCAGCAAAAGGCUUGGAAUAUCUUCACACUGAAGCUAAUCCUCCUGUUAUAUAUAGAGAUUUAAAGUCAUCUAACAUACUAUUAGGUGAGGGAUUCAACCCAAAACUCUCUGAUUUCGGGCUUGCAAAGUUCGGUCCGAGUGGAGAUAAAUCACAUGUUUCCACCAGGAUCAUGGGAACCCACGGUUACUGUGCCCCUGAGUACCUCACUAGUGGAAAAUUGACUAUGAAGUCUGACAUCUUUAGUUUUGGGGUAGUCUUAUUGGAGCUGAUAACGGGACGUAAAGCUCUUGAUGAUAGCCGUGCUCGUGAAGAACGAUUCCUUGUUGAUUGGGCACGACCGAUGUUGAAAGAUGGAAUGAACAUUCUGAACUUAGCGGAUCCAUUGCUGAGAGGUCACUUCUUCAAGUCAACCAUGAAGAAAGCUCUAGAGGUGGCCUUCCUAUGCAUCCAAGAAAAUGCUAAUUGCAGGCCCUCUAUUGGUGAUAUAGUGCUUGCUCUUGAUUAUUUGACAUCCCAUCCAUAUAGCGCACAUGAAGCUAAAAGGGUCAGUGUGAAAGGGCCGGAGAACAAUGAGUCUCCGAGGGAAACAACCAGGAUGUUAGACCGGGAUUUUAACAGGGAACGAGCGGUGGCUGAGGCCAAGAUGUGGGGGGAGAGUUGGAGGGAGAAAAGACUACAAAGUGCAGAAAAUAGUCCGGAUGGAUCGAACACGUAAAGGGUACUUUCAUCUCUAAUGUUUUAGAACAUGUCAAGUACAGAAAGGAAGUUAGUAAGAAGAAAGACUUUGUAUAUUCAGUUGAAAGCAGCAAUGGAUUCCCAAAAACCUAUAUAUAGUUUUUCCUUUGAAACAGCAAUAAUAAUGAGUUUAGCAUUUGUUUUGAUAA